AUGAAGAAGGUGGUAGUUGGGUUAGUGCUGGUUUUGGGGGCUGUAGGGGCAGUGGAAGUAGGUGUGAGUGAGGAUGUGACUGUAGGAGGACUUUCUUCAGGAGGUUUUAUGGCAGUGCAGACUCAUGUGGCGUUGUCGGAGAUUGUGCAUGGGGCUGCGGUGUUUGCAGGAGGGCCGUAUUUUUGAGCCAUGGGUGAUUUUGAUACGGCUAUUACAGAUUGUAUGCAAAAUGGAGAGAAUAUUAAUUUGGAUAGGCUGAUUAGAUAUGUUGAGAUCAAUGAGAAGAGUCGGUAUAUUGAUAAAGCAGAGAAUUUGGUAGAUGAUCAUGUAUAUGUUUUCAGCGGAUUGUCAGAUUUUAGAGUUCUACCUAUUGUUAAUCGUCAAACAGCGAAGUUUUAUGAGAGAAUGGGAUCCAAUGUGAAAUCUAUAUUUGAUUUUGAUGCAGGCCACAACAUGCCUACUGAGGACUUUGGGAUUGAGUGUAAAGAAUCUACAACUCCUUUUAUUGGUAGAUGUAACAUGAAUGGAGCUUUAUCAUCACUACGAUACCUCCAUCCUCAAAGAAUCUUGAAUACCAUUGGAGAAAUGAAGCUAGCAAAUCUUUUUAGUCUUAAGCAAACCACUGGAAAAACUGUAAUGGGGCCUGAAGCUUAUGCUUAUAUCCCAAAAGCUUGUCAGAACUCAUUAGCUCAAUGUUCACUCCAUGUGGUAUUUCACGGGUGUCAGCAGACAAUAGACCAUAUAGGAUUGACAUAUGUAGAGAGCACAGGAUACAACGAGAUUGCUGAAGUGAAUGAAUUUGUUAUUCUAUAUCCCCAAGCAUAUGCAAAUGAAGACCUCAACCCACUCGGAUGCUGGGACUGGUGGGGCUUCACUGGUAAAAAUUAUGCCACAAAGUUUGGAAAGCAAGUUGCUGAAGUUAAAAGACUCAUCAAUGCACUUAAAUCUGGACAAAUUGAUUCUACUCAAGUUUAUACUACUUCUGAAGUUAUUAAGGAAUAGUUUUUGAAAUUAAUAAUACCUAUUUUACUUUAUCAGGUUUAUCUUCAAU